GGCCAAUGGUAAUAUGCUAAUUAUACUUGAGCUCUUCGGUAGUUGUAAUUGAAUAAUAAGAUUUAAUUUUGGAAACCACCUACUUUUAUCUUUGCUAUAACAAUCCAAUUUAUAAACAAAAAGGAUUCAGUUCAUUUCUAUAAGUAAUUUCUCUUAUUUUGUUAGCCAUUUUCAUACUCCAAUUUUAUUUUAUUUUUAUUUUUGGAUUGUUGAUUUAAUACAAAAGAAACUAUAGACAAAUUUUCUUAAAUAAAAAAAAAAUACUCAUUUUAACAAAAACAGCAUUAUAACAUACAAAAAUGCAGAUGCUCACCAAGUUUGAGUCCAAAAGCAAUCGUGUUAAAGGCAUUGCUUUUCAUCCAAAACGUCCUUGGAUUUUAGCUUCAUUACAUAAUGGCUGUAUUCAGCUUUGGGAUUAUCGAAUGGGUACCUUACUUGAGCGUUUCGAAGAACAUGAUGGUCCUGUAAGAGGUAUUGCUUUUCAUCCUACACAGCCUUUAUUUGUCUCUGGUGGUGAUGAUUAUAAAAUCAAGGUUUGGAAUUAUAAAACUCGCCGCUGUUUAUUUACUUUAAACGGUCAUCUUGACUACGUUCGUACUGUAUUCUUCCAUCAUGAAUUACCUUGGAUUAUUUCGGCUUCAGAUGAUCAAACAAUUCGUAUUUGGAACUGGCAAUCAAGAGCUUGUAUUGCUAUUUUGACAGGCCAUAAUCAUUAUGUGAUGUGCGCUCAAUUUCAUCCAAAGACAGAUUUGAUUGUUUCUGCUUCUAUGGAUCAAACUGUGCGUGUAUGGGAUAUUACAGGUUUACGCAAGAAAUCACAAGCUCCUACUUCUAUGACAAUGGAUGAUAUGGGCCGACCUAGUGCUGGAGGUGAUAUGUUCGGAUUAACAGAUGUAAUGGUGAAAUAUGUAUUGGAAGGCCAUGAUCAUGGUGUUAAUUGGGCUUCUUUCCAUCCUACUCUUCCUUUAAUUAUUUCUGCUGGUGAUGAUCGUCAAGUUAAGCUUUGGAGAAUGAAUGAUACAAAGGCUUGGGAAGUAGAUAGUUGCCGUGGUCACUACAAUAACGUCUCAAGUGCUAUUUUCCAUCCACGUCAGGAUCUUAUUUUAUCUGAUAGUGAAGACAAAACAAUCCGUGUUUGGGAUUUAGCAAAACGUACAGCAGUUGCAACUUUUAGAAGAGAUCACGAUCGUUUCUGGGUCUUGACAUCGCAUCCUGAACUUAACCUUUUUGCUGCAGGCCACGAUAGUGGUUUAAUUGUCUUUAAGCUUGAACGUGAACGUCCUGCUUUCCAAGUGCAUAAUAAUGAACUCUACUAUACAAAGCAUAAUAUUUUGCAUAUUCAUGAUUUCCCUAGUACAGCUGAUCAAGAAGUUAUGUCAGUUCGCAAGUUAGGUUCGCAAUUUGUUGCUCCUCGUACCUUGUCCUAUAAUCCAGCUGAAAGGGCUGUCCUUUUAACUAGUCCAUAUGAAGGUGGUACAUAUGAACUCUAUCGUCUUCCUAAAAACUUAGGCGGUACACUUCAGGAGCCCUCAGACGAAUCUAUGAAAGGCAGCGGUCAUGCUGCUCUUUUUAUUGCACGUAAUCGUUUUGCUGUCUUUGACAAGACAAACCAACUUAUUCAAAUUCGAGAUCUCUCCAAUAAGGAGACUAAAUCCUUCAAAACUCCUGGACAAGUUACCGAUAUUUUUUAUGCAGGACCUGGUACACUUUUGAUGGCCACUGCUACCUCCGUCUUUUUGUUUGACAUUCAACAGCGUCGUGUUACAGCUGAAUUAGCUGUUUCGAAUGUCAAGUAUGUCUCAUGGUCUAAUGAUAUGUCCAUGAUUGCCCUUCUUGCCAAACAUACAAUUACAAUUGUAACCAAGGACUUGAAACAAAUCAGCCAAAUUCACGAAACAAUCCGUAUUAAGAGUGCAACUUGGGAUGAGCUUGGUGUCUUGAUUUAUUGUACUUUGAAUCAUAUUAAAUACGCUCUUUCACAAGGUGAUAAUGGCAUUAUUCGUACCCUUGAUCAACCUAUUUACUUAACACGCAUCAAGGGCAAAAAACUCUAUGCACUUGAUCGUGAUGGUAAAGUACGUGAGAUUGUAAUUGACCCAACCGAAUACCGAUUCAAGCUUGCACUUGUUAAGAAGCAAUACGAAGAAGUUCUUCACAUUAUUCGUACUUCUAACUUGGUCGGCCAAUCGAUUAUUGCCUAUCUUCAAAAGAAGGGCUACCCUGAAAUUGCCUUGCAUUUUGUUCGUGAUGAUAAAACACGAUUUGAACUGGCACUUGAAUGUGGCAACUUGGAAGUUGCCUUAGAAACAGCCAAGGCAGUAAAUAAGCCAGACUAUUGGAGUAAAUUGGGUGCUGAAGCUCUUCGACAUGGUAAUUAUCGAAUUGUUGAGAUGGCCUAUCAACGUACGAAAAAGAUGGAUAAAUUAUCCUUCUUGUAUCUUUUGCAAGGUAAUCAUGCCAAUCUUCGUAAGAUGCUAGAAAUUGCCCAGCUUCAGAAGGACCCUUUGAUGCGAUUCCAGAAUGCAAUCUAUUUGGGCGAUAUCAAGGAACGUGUUCGCUUGUUGCAGGACGUUGGACAGUCAGGAUUAGCAUAUAUGACAGCUAAAACUCAUGGUUUGGAGGAGGAAGCAGAGGCUAUUUUGGCAGCAGCAGGAAAGACAGCUGAUGAGAUACAAUUGCCUGAAGUUGAGGAUCGUUUACCACCUACUCCCAAACCUGUGAUUGAGAGCUUAGAAGAUCCUAACUGGCCUCUCUUAACGGUCUCUAAAAGCUUUUUUGAAGGUGCAUUUGUUAAACAACAAGGUACACCUGCAUUUACCUUUGAUGACCAAAUUGAUAAUAUUGAGGAAGCUGGCGGUGCUUGGGAAGAUGAUGAUAUCGGUUUUGGUGGUAACAAGAAUGACGAUGUUUUGAUUUCAACAACAACAGAAUUUGACAAAGAGGAAGAAGAUGAUAUGAAUGAAGGUGGCUGGGAUGAUGAUGAUGAUAUUAAAGCUGAAUUGGAUGCUGAGAUGGGACAUGUAGCAGCUAAAGAAAUGGCUGAAUACGUCUUUCCUGAUGAAGGUGUUAACGAAACAACUAUUUGGUCACAAAAUUCAAAGAUUGCAGCUGAUCAUAUUGCAGCUGGUUCCUUUGAAACAGCUAUGCAAAUCCUUAACAAAGAAAGGGGCAUUGUUCAAUUUGAACCACUCAAAUCUCAUUUCAUGGCUAUCUACCAAGCCAGUCGUAUUUCUCUUGAGGGAGUCGCAAGCAAUCCUAGCAUUCAAUAUGGCCUUCGCCGAUCUCCUGAGAAUUCUAACCCACGUAACGCGUUACCCGUCACCGUUUAUAACUUCCAAUCGAUCGUUACAACACAAUUACAAAUGGCAUAUAGACUCUUCACAUCUGGAAAGUUAGUAGCUGCUGCUCAACAAUUUAAACAGCUAUUACAUUCUGUUUUGUUUACUGUUACUACAAAUGAGACUGAUGCAAAUGAAUUAUUAAUGUUAGUAGAUAUUUGUCGUGAAUAUUUGUUAGGUUUAGCAAUGGAGCAAGAACGACGUUCGAUUGCAGGUCAAACAUCUGAAGACCAAAAGCGAGCUCUUGAAUUGGCAGCUUACUUUGCACAUUGUCAAUUACAAACACCUCAUAUGCAAUUAGCUUUACGACAAGCUACAAAGCAAGCUUUUAGAUGUAAGAAUUUCAGAACUGCGUCACAAUUUGCUAGUCGAUUACUUGAACUUGCGCCACCACGUACAGUAGCUGAAGAGGCUCGUAAGAUUCAAGCUGUUUGUGAUCGUACUAUGAAUGACGAGAUAACAUUUGAUUAUGAUCAAUAUAAUCCAUUUGAUGUAUGUGCGGCUACAUUCCAACCUAUUUAUCGUGGAUCUCCUAAGGCUGAAUGCUGUUAUUGUAAAGCAUCAUAUAAACCAGACUAUGAAGGCAAGAUAUGUACUAUUUGUGAAGUUGCAAAGAUUCAGAAAAAUUAAGAAAUAAGCUUAAUAAAAAUAUAGUUAUAUUGUGUAGUUAUAAUCUUAAUUUUAGUAUAUUAAAAAAAGAUCAUCUUUAUGUGAAGUAUAGUUUGCCAAAGUAGUAAAAAAUAAAUAAAUUAUUAACUUUAAUGCUACGAUAUUAUAUCAUAUUUAAAUAUUAGAAUUGAAG